UUCUCUCAGCCGGUUGACCAACACGUUUCAUUCACUUAUUAGAAUUUGUAAAUUGUUUGAUUGUUAUUUAAUUGUUUCCAAUUAUCUUAUUCUUUUUUUGUCAUAAUUUUGUCAAUUAGUGUUUAAUCAAUUGUCAAAGAGUAAAAUGGAAAUGCAAAGUGAUGAGAUGAAAGAGAUUAUCUCUGACAUGUUAAAGGGUAUUAACAGGUACAACCCAAACAAUAUUGCCCAAUUGGAGGAGUAUGUUGAUGCUCAGAUAAAAGAUAAUUUCUAUGAUUUGGAAGCAAAUCUUGCCAUUCUUAAAUUGUACCAGUUUAAUCCAUUAUCAUUUAAGGCCAAUAUUUGUGAAGAUAUUCUCAUUAAGGCUUUAACCAACAUGCCACAUACUGAUUUUGUCCUUUGCAAGUGUUUAAUUGAUCCAUCUAAUUUGGAAUUAGAUACAAUCAAAAAUCUUUGUGGAGUUCAUCAUACAUUGGAAACUUGCGCCUUCAUCGAUUUCUGGAGUUUCGUUGACAAGAAUCCAAAUUUGUUCAGUCAUGUCACUGGAUUUACGGAUACAGUUCGUAAAUAUAUUUGCUACGUUAUCAGUAUCACCUAUCAAAACAUUGAUAAACCAACUCUCAAGAAACUGUUAAAUGUAAAUGAUGCUCAACUUGAACCAUGGAUGAAACAAAGUGAAUGGAAAGAAGUCAAACCAGGAGUAAUUUUCAUCACUAAUCAAGAAGCAAAUAUUAAGACCAAGAACAUAACCGAAACAAUUGACUUCGAAUCUGUUGCUCCCGUUCUAGCUUCAUAUCGAUAAUUUAUUGCUCUCUAUCAGAUAUUGGGAUUUAAAAGUGUCACUUAUCACAAUCAACCUUUUGAUAUCUCUAAAAAUUUCAAGACAAUUUAGUUACUUCACAUUUCGUCAUUCAACUAAUUCCACGAAAAAAGCAACAAAAACAACAACAACAAAUCUGAAAUCACUGAAUUAACAUACUGGGUAAUUAAGAAUCAAUUGAUUGUUAAAUUAUCUAAUGUUAAUCUAAUAUUAACAUCUCAAAAUUCAAUUAAGACGUCUGCUAACUACUACCAUUAACUAAUUACAUCUCUUUCUCCUCAACAAUUAAGUCCAUUGAACUAUCUCUUUGCUGUUUUGAUUUGAUUAUCAUCUGAUUAUUUGAGAAAUGUGAACAAAAGGGUUUUUGUAAUUAUCUCAUUUAACAAUCAAUUUCUUAAUUAUCUGCAAAACUUAAAUACAUUUUGUUUCCCAAGAAGAAGUUAAAAAUAUUGAAGGUUAACAAUUUAA